CAACACCUGAUAUGUACAAAUGCAAUGAUAUGCAACCUAAAUGUGCCUAAAUGAUGCUCUAAAUGACCAAACCAUGCAAGAAUAAGAAGUUAAAAACAUGUAAAUUCACAAGAUAUCAAUUUGGCGGGAACGAAACUCACGGAGACAUGGACAGCACCCGCGACCCCCUGAGGUUCUUUUUCGGAUAAUUGAUACUCAUCAAGAACAUAAUCAUGUCUCUCAGGCCUUUAGACAAGAGACUUGACAAGGUUUUCCAAAGCUGGAUUGAAGCGGUCCAAAUUAACUUAGCUAUUUUCCCCUUUUUUAAACAAAGUUAGAAACAAAAGUAGCUUUUUGCUGUAACAAAGGACAUUUUUCUUUUGAAUCUAAUUUAACAUUUUAUUCAAAAAAAAAAAAAGGAGAGAGAGAGAGAGAGACAAUGUCGUUUACAGGGACACUAGACAAAUGCAAAGCGUGUGACAAGACUGUAUAUGUUAUGGAUUUGAUGACACUGGAAGGAAUGCCUUACCACAAGUCAUGCUUCAGGUGCAGCCAUUGCAAAGCUCAUUUUGAACAACUCUUCAAAGAAUCUGGAAACUUCAGCAAGAAUUUUCAGACAGCAGGAAAGACUGAGAAAUCGAAUGAGAUGACGAGGCCUCCAAGCAAGUUAUCUUCAUUCUUUAGCGGAACACAAGACAAAUGUGCAGCUUGUAAGAAAACCGUUUAUCCUCUAGAGAAAAUGACUAUGGAAGGAGAAUCUUACCACAAGGCUUGCUUUAGAUGCGCACACAGUGGUUGCCCAUUAACACACUCUUCAUAUGCUGCUCUCAAUGGCAUCCUUUAUUGUAAGGUCCAUUUCAGUCAGCUUUUUCUCGAGAAAGGUAACUACAAUCAUGUCCUCCAAGCCGCUGCUAACCACCGACGUACACCUGAGGAAGACAAAACCCAACCAAACGAAAAUAAAAAAAAACCCUACAGAAGAUGAAACUUCUGAUGCAGGUCCUGAAGCAGAUGAAGAACAUGAGUCAUAAGA